AGGUUGCGCAAUGAUGUUCUUCGUAACAGAAGAUGAGGUCAUCAGAGGGUCAGCAGCUGUUGAGGAAAGGUUCAAGGUGGCGAAACGAGAGGUUUGGGGUGCUGAACCACUUUGUGCGCAAACAACAAGAAGGUUCAGGAAGCCUGAAUUCGUUUGUUGUACCUUCGGGGUUAAAGAUUCUCCAUUUUGACUGUCAGUGGCACUAACUGUUACACUCGGGGCUGUCAGUCGCAGGCACAAUGUCAUUUCUUGCUGCUGCCAAAGGCUUGCAGGUGCAGUUUAUCGGAAGUUCGCUCUCGUCAGGUUCUGUCUAUGAACUGGCAUUCCAGAUGUUCUGUAGGAGGAUUCUUGUUGUCAGGCUGGCAUCUUGAUGGUGUCUUAAGGGCGUCUUGGUCAGGACAUGGUGGUGUCUAGCUGGUGUCUUGCUGGUGUCUUGUUGACAUCAUGCUGCACGUCAACACACGAAGCUUGUUUGUGUGUGUGUGUGCGUGCGCGCGUGUAUGUUCGUGGUUACUGGUCUGAAGGGGGAUGAAUGUUUGCACAUUUAUCAAACUCACUCCAGGAGCGAAAUCAUACACUCUUUUCCGCUCAUUCUUAUCUACUCACUUUUUCAUUCUAUUUCUUCUCCCUCCCUUUCUCUCUUUCUCUCUCACAAACACACUCCCACGCACACACAUUCAUUUCUACGUACACACAUACGCACGCAUGGACACACACACACACAUAUGAUCUUUCCUAAAGCUAUCUUUCAAGAUUGAAGAUACGCAAAAAUAUUUUUGAGACAUGCAUAAUGUAUGAACGUUUGCCCAUUUAUGUGUGUGCGCGUAUGAAUACGCGUGUGCAGUCAUGUGUGUCUGAAAAGCAGGAGUUACGUCUACAUUACCUGCCUGCAGAAAUGGCUCGCACACCUUUAAUGUUGCAACCGUCAGUCCGGUUCUUACUUUUAAAAAAAGAGGAGAAGAGAGAGAAAAACAAAAACAAACCUACUCUGCACGGUUUACUUCACCUGCCUGGAAACGCAGCCCCCUCUCGUCCCACUUUUGAAGCCUUAGAGGCAGGGGAGGCAGAUGCCUGGCGAUGAAAAGUAAGCUACGGUAAAAGGAAUGGUUGUGGGGGGAGGGGAAGUGCAGGGGUGGUUGGUAGGCCAAGAGCUGCAGCGAACCUCCGGCCCACAAGACUAAAUUUCAUCAUCUCGGAGCAGUAACAGCGAUGGUGAUAUAGAUGUGUGAUGUGGAUUAUUGUCCCUCAGGCUGAAGGCACAAAGUUUGGCUGCGCUGCGAGUUGCCCAGGUCUGGAGGAUGAGGGGGCCGCCGACGGGGAGAUGUUCUUCACACAAGACUUUGAGGGAUGAGAGCAGACAGCGUCCUCCUGACACCGGACAGCACUUGGUGCAAAGUGAUGUACUGCCGGUACCACAGCCCGGGACGGCACAGGCACCACGCAGCAGACAAUCACCCUUGCCCUUUGACUUUCACGGGAAUGACCCGUUACCUAUCACAGCCAACGAAUAUCGCAAGGUCGAGUAAUGAUGUUCCUGUGGCGAUAUCAUCAUAUUCCUGGAUCCUUGUGCAUCAAUGAGUCCUUUGACUACAUAUACGCUCUCUGCGUUUGUACUGUGACAUCUUUCUUCCAGAGAUAUCGCUUCUUGUAUUUUCUCGCGAUUUUGUACGAGGGCCUUGUCCCGGAUGGUGGUCGUGAAAACUAAAACAAGGAAACCGAUAUUUUGGACAUUUCUUACCUCGGCGGUGUAAGCACGUGACGCCUUUUCUCGUGUGAAUAUUUCAGUAGUUGAAAGGAUAACCUAAUCGUCUGGUGGAUGGAUGCAAUGUGGAUCCGUAAAGUGUUCAGCAAGUGUGAUGAACGGGACUGUGGACUUCAAUAGCCUGCUCAAAGCCUGAACACCCUGACAAGUCUGGCUCCACUGGAGGUCUUGGCCGUGCGACCCCUGACCCCCGGACGUGCAGACUGAAAGAGUCAAACCGAUUGGCUGGGUGUGAAGUGUCUUCACCAGCUCCAGGCUUCCAUUUCGCCCUGAAGUGUUACUGUGCCACAGAUUCUUUGCCCUGAUAGUCGCUGCUGGAGUCAACCUGAGACGACCAUGGUUGUCCGAACAUACUGGCUGGACUACAUGGAUGCGCAGGCCGACACUAACAUGUCUUCCCUCUACCCGGACGGCAACUUCAGCGACGCCGAAUACGACGCCUACAUGCACUACAUGUGUGCCAACCAGUGGACCAGCUACCCCGAGUAUGUGGCGGCCCGCAGCCUGGAGACCUUCCUCUACCCCUUCUUGCUGCUCCUGGCUACCAUCGGCAACGUCCUGUCGCUGCUGGCCUUCCGCCACCUGGUGGCCACCACCUGGUCCACGUGCUUCUACCUGCACGUGCUGUGCGUGGUGGACUUGGUGGUGCUGUACAUCAAGUGCGGCGGCACGUGGUACCGGAAGGUGGCGGAUAGCGACCUGUCGGAACGUAUCAUGCGUUUCUCCGACGCUAUGUGCAAGACCUACAUCUUCGUCUUCAACGUGCUGCUGCAGCUGUGGCCGUGGCUGACGGUGGCGCUGUGUGUGGAGCUGACCAUCGCCACGCGCUGCCCGCUCAAAACCUACGUCAUGUGCACGUGGGAGCGCGCGCGGGCCAUCCUGCUUCUUAUCACUAUCCUCCUCGUCUGCCUCAACCUCAACUUCUUCUGGACAUGGGGGAAGAUCGACAGCGGCGGCUGCAUCUACAUCGAGGAGUUCUCCACCGAGUUUAUGAACGUCAUCUGGCCCAGCAUCGUCAUGGGCGUGGAGCACGUCCUGCCGCUCCUGGCAGCAACCGUCUGUUUCUUCGUCACCACCAUCAGCCUGCUGCGUUCCAGCCGCGCGCAAGUCUCGCGCUACGAGCGCGUCCUGCAGAACUACUUCCUGGACCUUCAGGCUCUGCAGCAGCUGAAGCACGCCGCCCUGGUCGUCGUGCUGCUCUUCCUGGUGGUCAAGACCUUCACCGUCUCCUACGAGAUCCUCAACUUCCUGGACAUCCGCGGCGUCCUGCGAGUCCCGUGCCAGCAGCUCGGCCACUUCAUGGCCAAGAAGUAUCUGCUGAGCGUCCUGCGGGACACCGUACUCUACUGCUACCUCAGCCUUAAGUUCUGCGUCUACUUCGGCUUCUGCGCCAGCUUCCGGAAGCAGUGCUACGCGCACGCGCGUCGGAUUUUGUGCGUUUGUAAGAAGAGCAAGUACGCGGUGGGUGGAGAGUCCAACCGGCGCCUGCUGUCCGGCAACGACAAGUUCUCGCGCAGCAACGAAGUGGCUACCGGCAACGACGGGGUCGUUAGACUCUGUGCCACGUCUAGCCUUAUCACACAGGACGCCACACCCAUCACCACUAAAGUGUGAACUGCGGCAUAACGAGACUAUGGCUAUAAACUUCCCUCGGCGGUUCUCGGGAUUUAGCCUGGCGCUGCUUUGUCACCUUUAAACUUUCUUCUGAGAUCGAAAGAAAACUUCUAGAAGAACAGUGUUCCAGAAGAUGGAAAAAAUGUAAUGAAAGCAAGGUAGUAAAGUGUUGGUUGUCACAGCGACUGGACAGAGACAACUGGGUGUGUAGCGUUAUCUCUCCCAUCCAUUCUGAUGUAAAACAGGAUAUGCUGCUGAGGAAAUUUGAAAAACAACGGCAACAGUCUUUUUAAAAGUAAAACUAAGAAACCUGAAAGGCGAAAGAUCCAAACACAGUGGAGUCUAGAGACUGAAAAAUAGAGACUGUCACUAGAGACUGAGGCUGGCUAAAGGUGGAUUUUUCUACAGCAGAAUCACAAACCAAAGCUGUAUCAUGACGACCUGGCCCAGUCCCGUAAACAAAUACCAAGCUCCAGAGAAAAAGUUCGUGCGCCGGAGGCGAGAUGCGAACUCAAGCCUCUCACCUUCACUGUCUUCUUGACAUGCGUUUUACGGGGGAGGAUUGGUGUUUUACGCCGAGCCAGCAACUAAGACUCUAUCACGGCAAGGCAGCCAGCACUGUAAACAGAUGCCACAUACAGAGAAAGAACAGCGUGUCCGAGACGAGAACUGAACUCAGGACAGCCAAUCCCCACUGCAUUGAUGACAGGGUCUAACCGUUGCACCACCAGACCGCCCAAACGUUUUACAGAUGGGAAACUGAGCUGUCGUACAUUUGUUGCUAGAAAUCGAGAAAUGAGAACCAUGCACACACAUCACUCCUUACACGCUGGUAAAGAAAUGCGAGGCACACACAACACAAACUGUGAGCAUGAGCUGUGGGACCUGUCCGUCUGCAGGUCGUGUCUUCAGCCUAUCAAAACUUCUUUUCUAUCAUUACGAAGACCACCUGACAAAAAAAACAAACAAACAGAAACAAAACAACAAAAAACAAACAAAAACAAAACAACAAACAGCAAAAACAAAACCAAAAAAGCCAAACAAACAAAACACUACAGCCUUGAAAACUGUUUAAUGACCUAAGCAAGUGACUGUGGCUUUGACGAAAAUUUACCUUCGUAAUGCCACAUAUAGUGAUUUUCUAAAAUGUGAACUUGAUGUUAUAUUACUAUUUCUGGAAUCUAUACUUGCUGCUGCUGCUGCUGCUGCUGUUGUUGCUAUUCAGUAUAAAACGUUAAACAUACAAUGUAAAACAACAUCUCUAUGAAUGACGCUCAAUAAACAUCUGAACUUGUUUUUGUUCCUCGUGAAGACAAGUUGUGUGCUUCUAUAUACGACUCCUCCCUUUCAUUUUUGUAAUCUUCUCACUCUAGGGUUACAUCUCCCGCCAAACACACUAUAUACUACGCAUUUUUGAAUUUCAUUUACUUGCUACUGUCAACAGUGUCGCCCUACCGCCAUACUGGAAGUCGUAAAGCGAUGUUGUCUCCGUGUGUAGGCCGCCCUGCCGCUGUAUUCUUGUAUUUUUCUGUCAACUGCAAAACGUUCCCUUUUGCCUUCUUGAACUGUUCUUUGAUUUCCAGCCUAAGGAGACAGGAGUCAGCCUGUUCGUGUUCCAUGCUGGCUUUCAUGGCAUUACGAGUGGUAAGAUGGCUACCUGAUGGCUUCAGAAAUGUAUUACAAUGCACGCGCAAGGUCUGUCCAGUGUAUUAAGAUCAGUGAUUUUACCAGUACUGUAUGCAUUGUGAAAGUGAAAUGAAAGCAGACAUUAGGAACUAGUUCACGGCUGUUAUGUGAAAGCUGACAUCAGGAUCAAACACAACCUUUACUUCAUAUCUACAGGUGGCGCACGUUGAGAGAAAGAAUGGCAUGCCCAGGACAGGUGAUCAUCACUGCAUUGGUGACAAGCGUCCUGCUUACGGAAACAAAUGUAAAUUAUCAAUGUGGAUUUGAUCAAAUUUGGUAAACUGUUCAUAUAACUGUUAUAUAAAAGCCUUGCCAGGCUUUGGUCCAUAUUUGUCCAGUUAAAAAGGGCUUUAACCGUUGCUCCAACGGACGGCGCGUGCGAUGCACAUUAACUUUCAGUAAAAAUGAAGCUCGGCCAAUAAUCAAUGCAAUUACAAAAAUCAUUAUCUGUGCUCCACGCAGCAGAAUCAGAGCAGGGAUAAGCGGGAGGUUGGGUGUAGGUUCCAUUUUUCUCUAAAUGACCAGAAUUUUCUCUUUUGAAGGAGGGGUAUGUGUGUAAAAUGAGAGGGAGCAAGAGAAAGUGUGUGAGCUGUUAUUGUUUCACACACGCGCGCGCGGACCUAAUUUUAACCGACACAAAAAUACUAAAAUAUCCAUAAUACCCAGUUCAUCGACGGCUUUUAUCCCGCUCUCUUUUGUUCAGUGAACUUGUAGCCAGGACCUCUUUUCAAGCACAUACAUUUCUAUAACUCAACUUUUCUGCGAUGUCAAUACCACACAAAUCACACGGUUGAUGGCUUUCAAUUUUGUAAUGACUCUUCUUAAUCUAGGAAAUGCCAUGAAAAAACCAGAAAAAUACCUCAGGAAAAUCCAUAACAAAAAGAAUAAAUGGAGUCAACACAAAAAUAAAUCCUUCCGGAGGUAACACACCAUGCAACGAAUUCCCUUCUUCUUGCAAAUAUACAGCUUCUGUGCACUUCACCUUCGACACGAGCAUUAGACUGUAAUAUCCCCGAUAAUAAAACAGACUUGACCUAAUAUAAAACACACUGACCAGAAAAGAUCACGUGACAGGCAAUACAAAUAUCAUUCCACAGCUUAGCCCAACAUUGUGACUACUCUGUAAGCCGACUGCAAGCCCCCCUUACAUGAACAUUGUGCCACGAGUGUUUGUUUACCUGUCAUCAAAGACAUGAAAAGGUCUGAUUACCGGUCAAGUGUCUUUGUCAGCGACGAAUUUUCACUGAUUUCAAUAUUAGCAUUUCAAUAUUAGCAUCCUGCAGCUUUUCGCUCCGUCGCUCACAAGCUUUUAAUGUUAUAUUUUAUGUUUACGCAGUUUAAAUGCAUUUAAUGCAUUUCAGGUUUUCAGUGUCAUAACUUGCUUGUAGUUGUUUUAAUUAUUCAUCAUGCAUCUGAUUCGUCACUCGAAAAAUCAAACAUUAAAAUCAUCCUCCAACGUGUUUUCACCUGAAGAUGCCAGCAAUAACUUCGAGGACUUGAAAAUGAUCUUCUAGAACUCAGGUCGAUGUUUUUCUGUUACAAUGAGCGACUCCUUUACUGAACAUACACGUGAUAAUAAUUCACGUUUUUAAAAUAUCAAACAUUUUGUAAAUGUGGAUUCUACAAAAUAUCAGAAACAUACACUCGCUCGUGCACGUGCAUGCACAAACGUGAGAACUUGCAGAUUUCUGCACAAACUUGUUACUCUGUUGCGACAAAGAAUAUGUCGGACCUCUCUCAAUACGCGGAGCUGAAGGGUGAGGGGUACCCACUAGCGAAUCCUCCUCUCACCCUCACCAUAAGAGGACUUCCAAGUCGGCUGGCAAAGACUGAUGGUUUUGAAUCCACUUUCAAUGCAAAUUGAGACGACGAGCUUAACAAUCCUUCAUCCGAGAAAAUGGAGUGCACAGGCUCCAGCUGCAGUGUAUCAGUAAGGUCCACUCCCUUCCCCCACACCCCUGAUUCCAUGGCAGUAUUUAGACCACGUCACGAGGGGCGUCAAGAGCUUCUCCUCGCUAACAGUAACGAGACAUCAUAGCCAGUGAGAACGACCUUAGCCAACGCCGAAGCUCUUCCUCUCGAUCAAAAAAAAAAAAAAAAAAAAAGAAAAAAAAAAAAAAGAAAA